CCAAAAUCCACAGCUAUUGAACCAUAGAACUAAAUUCGCACAUAGCUGCAGAACAAGACUGCUUUUCUCCUGGCUAAACAGAUACGCUUUACUAAGAAGGCCAUGCUUGCUACCCCAGACUCCCAACAAACACAUCUCAGCCUUUUUUUGCUUGUGAAGAAAUAUGGGAACAUUUUUAGCUUCCAGUUUGGUGCCUUGUCUUCAGUUGUGAUAACUGGAUUGCCCUUAAUCAAAGAAGUGCUCGUCCACCAGGCCCAAAUCUUUGUGAACCGCCCCGUAACACCUAUCCGAGAACAUGUCUUUAAGAACAAAGGGGUGAUCAUGUCCAAUGGCCAGGUGUGGAAGGAACAAAGAAGGUUCACACUGAUGACACUAAGAAACUUUGGUUUAGGAAAGAAGAGCUUAGAAGAACGCAUUCAGGAGGAGGCCCAGCACCUCAUCCAGGCAAUAGAAGAGGAGAAGGGGCAGCCUUUUAAUCCUCACUUCAAGAUCAACAAUGCUGUUUCCAAUAUAAUUUGCUCCAUCACCUUUGGAGAGCGCUUUGAGUACCAAGAUGAUCAAUUUCAGGAACUGCUGAGGUUACUGGAUGAGGUUGUAUAUCUGCAGCCCUCAAUGUGGGGCCAGCUCUAUAAUAUCUUUCCCUGGAUUAUGAAAAUCCUUCCUGGACCCCACCAAAAACUCUUUAGCAACUGGGAGAAACUGAAAUUGUUCAUUGCUCGUAUGAUUGAAGAUCACAAGAAAGAUUGGAAUCCUGCUGAAACAAGGGACUUUAUUGAUGCUUUCCUCAAGGAAAUAGAAAAGGUGAGGAAACCAGCCUUUCCCUGUGUUUAUGUUCUCAAAGAGCACCUGGGGGUAUCUCAUUUCCUAGUGUUGCUGUGACAAAUGACCACAGAC